AGCUCGGAGGCCGGCCGGGUGGCUUGGCGCGGCUUCUGGUCGCUCCGAACAUCCCCCACCAUCGAGCCCUGCUGUUCUGCCGGCGUGGAAGGCCGCGGGCACCCCAGGGUCCCACGCGCCCGUCGGGGGAGCUCUGUGCACAAGUCCAUCCAGGGCCCGCCCUGGGGUGGCUCGGGGUGUGGGUACCACGACGGGAUUCCAUGUCGAGUGUUCAAUUUCAGAAGCUUCAGCAACUGCGCCUUACACAGUACCAUGGAGGAUCCUUACCAAAUGUGAGCCAGCUGCGGAGCAGUGCGUCAGAGUUUCAGCCGUCAUUUCACCAAGCUGAUAAUGUUCGGGGAACCCGCCAUCACGGGCUGGUGGAGAGGCCAUCCAGGAACCGCUUCCACCCCCUGCACCGAAGGUCUGGGGACAAGCCAGGGCGACAAUUUGAUGGUAGUGCUUUUGGAGCCAAUUAUUCCUCACAGCCUCUGGAUGAGAGUUGGCCAAGGCAGCAGCCUCCUUGGAAAGACGAAAAGCAUCCUGGGUUCAGGCUGACAUCUGCACUUAACAGGACCAAUUCUGAUUCUGCUCUUCACACGAGUGCUCUGAGCACCAAGCCCCAGGACCCCUAUGGAGGAGGGGGCCAGUCGGCCUGGCCUGCCCCAUACAUGGGUUUCUGUGAUGGUGAGAAUAAUGGACAUGGGGAAGUAGCAUCUUUCCCUGGCCCAUUGAAAGAAGAGAAUCUGUUAAAUGUUCCGAAGCCACUGCCAAAACAACUGUGGGAGACCAAGGAGAUUCAAUCCCUGUCAGGACGCCCUCGAUCCUGUGAUGUUGGAGGUGGCAAUGCUUUUCCACAUAAUGGUCAAAACCUAGGCCUCUCACCCUUUUUGGGGACCCUGAACACUGGAGGGUCAUUGCCAGAUCUAACCAACCUCCACUACUCCACGCCCCUGCCAGCCUCCCUGGACACCACCGACCACCUCUUCGGGAGUAUGAGUGUGGGGAAUAGUGUGAACAACAUCCCAGCUGCUGUGACCCACCUGGGUAUAAGAAGCUCCUCUGGUCUCCAGAGUUCUCGGAGUAACCCCUCCAUCCAAGCCACGCUCAAUAAGACUGUGCUUUCCUCUUCCCUAAAUAACCACCCACAGACAUCUGUUCCCAAUGCAUCUGCUCUUCACCCUUCACUCCGUCUAUUUUCCCUUAGCAACCCAUCUCUUUCCACCACAAACCUGAGUGGCCCGUCUCGGCGUCGGCAGCCUCCCGUCAGUCCUCUCACGCUUUCUCCUGGCCCCGAAGCACAUCACGGUUUCAGCAGACAGCUGUCUUCAACCAGCCCACUGGCCCCAUAUCCUACCUCCCAGAUGGUGUCCUCAGACCGAAGCCAACUUUCCUUCCUGCCCACAGAAGCUCAAGCCCAGGUGUCCCCGCCACCCCCUUACCCUGCGCCCCAGGAGCUCACCCAGCCCCUCCUGCAGCAGCCCCGCACCCCUGAGGCCCCUGCCCAGCAGCCCCAGGCAGCCUCUUCACUGCCACAGUCAGACUUUCAGCUUCUCCCAGCCCAGGGCUCAUCUUUGACCAACUUCUUCCCAGAUGUGGGUUUUGACCAGCAGUCCAUGAGGCCAGGCCCUGCCUUUCCUCAACAGGUGCCUCUAGUGCAACAAGGUUCCCGAGAACUGCAGGACUCUUUUCAUUUGAGACCAAGCCCAUAUUCCAACUGCGGGAGUUUCCCAAACACCAUCCUGACAGAAGACUCCAGCACCAGCCUGUUCAAAGACCUCAACAGUGCGCUGGCAGGCCUGCCCGAGGUCAGCCUGAACGUGGACACUCCAUUUCCACUGGAAGAGGAGCUGCAGAUUGAACCCCUGAGCCUGGACGGACUCAACAUGUUAAGUGACUCCAGCAUGGGCCUGCUGGACCCCUCUGUUGAAGAGACGUUUCGAGCUGACAGACUGUGAACAGAAGGCAGUGGAACAGAAGAAUGUUUUUCUGCAACAGCCAAAAUAGAAUGGAAUAGAAUGGAGCCAGCUGACUGCCGGCUUUCGUUAUCUUGACAUAGAAGGAACCAAUGCCACGGCUCCAGGCUUUCAGACGAGGUCCCAUCUCAGACACUGUGGCUUCCUCCAGAUCACACAGCUAUGUACUGCCUCUCCAGCCUGUGGCCAAAGUUGUGUUGCAGCAGGCAGGCUGCUUGGAGCUUCCCAUGAACUGGAAAGCUCAUCUCCAUUGCAUCUUUUUCUUGGCCUUCCAGUCCAUCCAUGUGUAAGAGUAGGAAAUAUCGUGUCACUGGAGGCCUCCGUGGCAUUGUGUAGUGCUCAGAACCACUGAUCUCCGGCUGCACCGAAGGCGGGUCCGGAGUGGGAGGCUCCACCUGGAGCGGUGGCCCCGGAGAGGGCACCUCGAUGCCUGCUCUGACCUGACCCGGAGGGCGAGGCCCUCCAGCAGGGGACAUUCCCAGGCUGAGCGGACCCCACAGCUCUCUCCCAUGCCUGAUUUACGACAUGAAGAAGUUUUUGCCACAAGUCCGAGAGCAGGCUUGAGUUAGGCAGACUGAAGGCUAAUUUUCAUUUUCUCCCAGUUGGUUUCUGCUGCUUCAGAAAAGUAAACCUUUUCCUUAUGGACCAGAGGAAGAGGAAGACCAUUUUAUCAGUCACUGAAAAGAGUCCCCUGGCACUGAUGAGCCUGAAGAGAACUAUGCUCCUUCUUGGGGGGUGGGGAAGGAAGACAGGGACUGCAGCUAUCUCACACUCAGUGGCCUCCCGACAAACUCCGGACAAGCACAGACCUCCCCACUAAAAGCAGCUGGAGG